GUUGUCAACUUGUAAUAAAAGAAAAACAAUCAUCAUAAUACAAACCAUAACCUUCGACAAUGGAGAAAAGAUGUUAAUAAUGUUAAUUAAAACUGAUAUAGUAUUCGCUUUUUAGCAUUAUGAUUAUAUAGAAUGGAAGGCGACAAUGAACGAUCCUCGUUUUGGAAGAAAAAUGUCAAGCCUGUGGCAGGAAGGCCAAGCCCACGAAGAGAAGGUAAUAACGUGAAAAAAGCACCUGGAUCUACCUCAUUUCAAGAUUUCCAGGCAUCAGUAAGUGAUGCUUGGGAUAUGGAGGAUGAUGAGUUUUGCAUAAUAUCAGGACUCGAAAAUACAAAGAUAUCAAAGAAGGUGGCACAGUCAGCAGCUUUGAAUGUCUUGAACACUCACCGCAUUGCUUCUGAAUCUGAAGCAUCCUCUGAGAAGAGGAAUGUGAAGAAAUCAAACCAAGUUGAUCCAGAAUCUAUGAAAUUUAGUCGAAUACCAGGUAGACCUAAGCAAAUACGCAUCUAUAAUACUGAACAGGAAGGAAUAGAAAUUAAGUUGGAGAGAUUCCAGACUUUGUUAGGACAUUCUACCACUUUGCAAGAUUUAUGUGAACUGAGUUGGUCAGGAAUACCUCACAAAGUUAGAGGCAUCACUUGGAGGUUACUAUCUGGAUUUCUACCUGUGAAUAUAGAUAGAAGAUGUGAAGUACUGGAAAGGAAGAGAUGUGAUUAUUGGACUUUAGUUGAAAAAUAUUAUUACACUGAGCAUGAUGAAUCAAGCCGUGAUAUUCAACACCAAAUCAAUAUAGAUGUGCCAAGAAUGAAUCCUAGCAUACCCUUAUUCCAACAAAAGACUGUCCAAAAUAUGUUUGAACGAAUACUGUUCAUCUGGUCUAUACGCCAUCCAGCCUCAGGGUAUGUUCAAGGAAUAAAUGAUCUAGUCACUCCUUUUUAUGUGGUGUUCCUGCAGGAGUUUCUAGAAGGAGAUGAACCAUUCGAAUUGUGCUAUGUGGAUCAGUUGACUCAAGAACAGCAAAGAAUAAUAGAAGCUGACUCCUUUUGGUGUCUGUCCAAGUUCCUGGACAGCAUACAGGACAAUUAUGUGUUUGCCCAAAUAGGUAUCCAGAAGAAAGUGCUGCAGCUGGAAGAACUGAUCAAAAGAGUUGAUGAAAUAUUGCAUAAACACUUGAAGCAGCACAGUGUCAGUUAUCUUCAGUUCUCCUUCCGCUGGCUGAACAAUUUGCUCACCAGGGAACUCCCCUUGAGGUGCACCAUAAGACUGUGGGACACAUAUCUAGCUGAAAAUGAGUGCUUUGCCACUUUUCAGCUCUAUGUGUGUGCUGCCUUCCUCCUCUAUUGGCGAGAGGAUCUGCUGAGGCAAAAUGAUUUCCAGGGCCUCCUGUUGUUGUUGCAAAACCUUCCUACUCAGUCUUGGACCAGUUCACAAAUAGGGGUGAUUGUGGCUGAGGCCUACAAACUGAAGGUUAUGUAUGCUGAUGCUCCCAAUCACCUUCUGAGUAAUAAUUCCAGUGAUAGAUAGUUGAGUGAUUGCAGUUUUAUUGAUAUUAUAUCCUGUCCAAUGUUAUAUUUUUUGUAUCAGGUUCUUGAAUUAAAUGUUAUGGUGAAUUGCC